GGAUGAAGGGGGCGGUGAGUCGAGUGGGUACCACUGAUGCGAUACUAAAAUUUUGUGUUGGUUCUAAAAGUUGCGUGUUUUUCCUGAUGUUCAAAUUGAUUCGCUAUUUGCUUUCUUUACAAAUAUUCAUUGAUUUCAUUGUUUAUACUGAAUUGAAUAUGUUAUAGACUUUUAUUCUAGAACGUGAACUGUUAGUAGCCCGUUAACGAGUUAUUAACUACGAUGUAGAUGUCAAGCUAUGGCCAAGAGAAAAACAAGUCCAGCAGAGGCAGACGCUUCCAAAGCUAGCCACAGGUCAACUAAUCAAGUAGGAGCGUCAGGUGACACGGAACCCACAUCACCACCAUCGAAUUCCCAAAGCGUCAGCAACUUAAAAAGUAAAUCGGAAAAAUCUGUUUCAGAGGAUUCGUCCCACAAGUUUUCAAGUCUUACAGUAUAUUCUUUUCUAAUCUUACUUUUGGCUAUGGUAACUUUGUAUUACCUGCCAACCAUCAACAUCGUCUUUAAUUCAUACUUAUAUACUGAGGACAGCUUGAAUGGCGGCUGGAGGCCGGCCUCGCAGGAGAUUUUGGAAAAAUACGACACUGACAUUUGCAACAUUCAGCGACUGUCAGUCAGCAGCCUGAGCCCCGCUAAUUUUGAAAAAGAGUUCCGCUUCAAAAAACCUGUCUUAGUUACGUUUCCAAAUGGGCUCAAGGAUUGGACAGACCCUGACCUGUGGUCAAGGCAAGGGCUACUUAAGGCCUACAGCAACUGGACAUUACAUUCCGGACAAUCGCUAGAAAUUGUUAGAGCGGGCGGGAACGCCAAGCACAGAACUUCCUUCUCAGAGUUUGUCGACAGUCUGCUUGCGGAAACAAACAAAACAACGAAUGAACCACUACAUUAUGGCUUUGAUCGUCGGUUCUAUUAUGACACAGAUCUGCCAAAGUCUCUUCGCUUACCCAGAUAUUUCCAGAGCAACUACUUGGAAGAUGACAGCAUCUUCUUCCUGGGCUCAUCUCUAACUGGAGUUGUCUUUCACAAGCACUCAGACACAUGGAAUGCGGUGGCCUAUGGGAAAAAACGUUGGUUUCUAUAUCCGCCUUCCAGGACACCACCAGGGGGUGUUUACCAUGGAUUCACCCUGUUGGACUGGUUCCAUCAUGUGUAUCCUGAGCUAACAGAGGAAGAAAAACCUAUAGAAUGUGUUCAGCAAGGUGGAGAAAUAUUAUAUUUGCCAGAAGGCAUGUAUCAUGCAACUUUAAAUCUUGGUGAUACAAUUGCACUGGCCAUUCAGAAGAAAAAUGCAACUACAGAAAUUGAAAAAUUGUCAUACGAAGCCACUAGGCUAAACAACUUGAUGUCUGAAAUUUCUGAAGAUGAUUCAGACAAGGCCAUCAACAUGAAACUGCGUGAGAUUUAUGAAAGAACAUUAGAACUAUAUCCAGACAAUGCUGAAGCCCACCAUAAGCUUGGUCUCGCCCUGUUCAACAUGGGUUUGUAUCGGGAUGCCUUACCCCAGUUCAUGAAAGCUAUCAAGCUGGAUCCUUAUUUUGUUUUAGCCUACAUACACAUGGCUAAAUCAUUAGCUAAGCUUCGUGAUUAUGUAAAAGCAGAUGUUGUCUUUCAAAAAGCUAUUGAAAUAUCACCAAAUCUUUGGGACAACUAUAAAGAAUAUGGAGAAUUCCUUUUGCAGCAAGGACGGCCUGCACAUGCACUUCCUAUUUAUAAAAAGGGCACUGAACUGAUGCCUGAGUUGACACCAUUCUGGCAUUAUUACAAACAUUGCCAACAGCAAGUAGGUGAUAUUGAAGGAGCCAAGCAGUCUGAGCAAAUCAUUGUAAAAUUACAGAAACAAGAAGAAACACAAGACUCAUGAUCUAGAUCAGAGGCUCCCUCUGCUGUCCAAGAAUUCUAACAUCAACAAAAUCAAGUUUCAUUAUAUUCAAAUAUGAUUAUAAGAUGUUUUUUUUAACAGUAGAGAAAAUAAUUACCUAAAAAUUUCCGGGAUAAUAGUUGUCUCUAUUGAGAUGUCUGCUGAAAGUGUUGAAAAAUAUUUACACUAUGAAAUAGUUUCAAUCUUAUCAAUUGAAUCAAUUAAAAAGAUGACUGGCUCUCAGGCUAGUGAAUGCAGUUUUGUUUAAGAAAAAUGUAAAUAUUUAUUGUGCUCACUAACUUGAUUACAUUGAAGAUUAUACCUACAUUCUGUUUUCAGGUCUAAAUAGUAGGGCAUUAUGUUAAAUUGUCAUUUGCUUCAUUAAAUUAUUGAAAACAUUUACAUAGAAAAGAGAUUGUGAUAUUAAAAGUAAUUCCUAUAAUGUUUUUGAAUGGUGCUUUAUAUAAUGGUUACAGCUGUGGGUAUCAAUGUUGGGAUCUAAAUUUGUUGUUAUUAUUGUUUCUUCAAGAGAAAAAAUUACAACCUAUCUCUUGAGAUGUUUGUUUGUUUGUAAAAUGUUUCGGAUGUUCCUACAGAGUUGAAGAUAAUUUAUGUCCUAGUCCAAAUCUCCUGCAGGACAACAGGGGACAGCAGCCAGCAGGGUAUGAAUCCGGGACCAUUGAAACAGCUGAACAACAGUCCAGUGGUUGUACAGCAUGACCAAUUAUUAAUAUUCAGGAGCAGAAGAUAUAUUGCUAAUUGUAUCCAUUCUGAAAGCAUGAAUUUUAAGGCUGUACUCUUACAUACUGUAUUUACGUCUUGUUUUUUUUUUUUUAAAUAUGGUCACAAUGUUGGACAAAAACUUAUUCUGCUAUGUUGUUUGAAUUGAUGCUAAAAAGAAAUCCAUUACGAAUGUACAUUUAAAAAUAUAAUUUUAAUGCACAUUUUAAAAAAUGACAUAAGAUACUCAUUUAACCAAAUAAGACAAAUAACUUAUAUUUCCUAUUUGGUAAGGGAAAGCUUUUUUUUUUAUAAGCUUUACAAUGGUAGGCUUAUAUAUUUCUAAAUUGUAAAAGCCUGCAUUAGAGUGAAUGUCUUAUUUCCGCUAACCAUUCCUAAUUAAAUCUAUUACUUCUGUGAUGUUUUUUUGGACUGAAAAUGGGUGAAAAGGAGGAGGGGGGGGGGGAACUAAAUUAUGGGGUAAGGUUGAAGUAAAUCAUUUUACAACUUAACCAUCUCCAACUUACAUUUUAACCUUUUUUUGUGUGUUGUAUAUUUCCUUUUUUUUUUAUUUUCAAAAAAUUGUGCUUCACUUUUGUGAAGUUAUACUAUUCUAUCUAGACAUUUAAAACGAUUGCUUAAGUUUUACAUGUUAUUUUCUUAAUUACACAUUCCAUAUACGUAUGUUUUCUGUAAAGAUUUUAUGCUUUUAGCACACACAUAAAUUUUUAGCAUUCGCUUUUAUUCCAAUAUCUGUUUUAUUAAUGGGGUAGCAUUGUAAUGGACAUUUGUAGCAGCUUUUUUUUUUUCUAAAAGAAAAUAAUUUAAAAAAUUGUAAAAUUUAUAUGUAUAUAGCCAUUAGCCUGAAAUGAUUGGGACCUGAAAAACAUAAUUAUAAAAUACAAUAUGUAAUUACAUAACUGGUACAGGAUGAAGUAAUAAGCACAGUUUAUUGUAUUUCCUCUCUCUGAAAUCAAUUCUGUGUAUAAAGUGCAUGUCAAGAGAGCCAAAUGUUUCUUAUAAAGUAGUCAGAGUAGUUUUCUAGAUUACUGUAUCAGAUUUUAAAAUACCAGUAUCAUACUGUUGCAGCCAUGCAAUUUAUUGCCGCACAUCACGGAAUAAUCUUAACAUACCCUUCCUGGAACUAUUUUACACAAAUUUCCAGGCGUUUCUUAUUUAUUAAAACAGUAUUCAAGUUAAGUUAUUUUUAUAUGUGGGGGUGAUAUAAUUUUGCUUCUAAAGAGAAGUCUUCUCUUCAACAAAACAAUGUACAGACUUUUCUAAACCAAGAGAGUUUAGAACCACAUAGAACAUUAUUCUGUUUUGUUCCUUACACUGUCUAACUUUGAAACGUACUGUAAUUUUUAUAAUUUUUAGUAGGGCCUACAUAAUACACUUAUUCAAUGUUCUUUCUUAGUUUUUUUAAAUUCCUUAAAACAUUCUAAUUUUUGUUUCGGAUUAAGCGAACUUUUGGAUUACUGAAGUCCUGAUUAUCAGGACUCCACUAUAUAUAUUUAAGACCUACCACUGUAGAUUUCAAUUUUUUUAUUUAUAAUGCGUUUUUUUAAUUAAAAUUGCUUUUUUACCCUAUUAUGCUAAUUAGCUGGGCUUUUUUUUUUUUCAAUAUUUUUUGCUAACGGUACCAAUCCAAUAUGAUCUCAAACAUGCCAGAUCUAUUUCAUAUUACUUUAAGCUUUGAAAUAGUGUAUAAAUAUUCUCCCCAAAAUCUGCUUCUUAAUUUACAUAUGUAUCUCUUUUAUGAGACCAAAUGUAUUGCCAUAAUUAUCAGUACAUUGUAAGUUAUUAUUGUUCUCAUAUUUUAAUGUUUAAAAAAAAUGUUUUGCUCCAUUUAGGAAACAAAAAACGAUUUCUAAAUCAGAGGCUGGAUGAAUUUUUUUUUUUUAAAUAUAUAAAAAGUUUAUAUAUCCAUAAUGGCAAAAUAAAUUGAGAAUUGAAUUUU